UCAUGGGAAGUUCAUGUCACUGUAAUGUCAUGUAUCGAUAUCAUCAAAAGUGCAAGUAAUACGGUAGCUCAAUCAGUAAAAGCUAAUUAUCUACAAUUAAUCCUAAAUCUAAAACUAAAUAUUGAAUAAGUAAGAGAAUUUGUGGAAUAAAUAAAGCUAAUAGUAAGUAGAAUAUUAUGAACUAAAAAUAUGUUGCUAAUUUAUGUAUUUACAUCUAGUUAUCUACCUACUUAAUCUCGAGCUUAAUCUAAAGUUGAUAAAACUAAGGGAAAUUAGAAAGGAGAAGACUGAUAAAAUUCUAAAGCUGUUCCCAUCCAACCUCGAGUUUCGUGGGACGCUAAAAGAAAUCAUCUUCAUAACAUCCUUUAGAAUUUUAUCAUCAAAACGCGAUGGCGGAUAAUGGGAAUGAUUCGCAGGUGCCACGUAAUUGUGCUUCAUGCUCGAGGCCCGACGAACACGAUGAUAUGGUGGCAUGUGAUGCUUGUCAUAAUUGGCAUCAUUAUUCAUGCGUUCAAGUCGAUGCCAUGGUCCAAGAUCAAGCCUGGAAAUGUGCAUCCUGUGAACUCCCUACAGAUUCAGUCUCAAUGCGAAAUACCUCCGAAACUGGAGUAAAGGAGGUGAGUAAAAAGGGUGCGAAACCCAAAACACCGGGAGUGCAAUUGGAGACACUAGUUGUGCCGCCCAAGAAGUCAGGAUCGAGAUUGUCUGCCGGCAGCCGGAAGUCGAAGAAAGUGACCGGUGAACAAAGCACUACGUCAAGCGCCCGGAUGCGACUGGAAGCGGAACUAAAGGCUGUGGAAGAACAGCAGCGGAUCAGAGAAGAAGAGUUGGCAGCGGAGAAAGAGCUUCAGGACCUCGAGCGGAAACUGGAGGAGGAACUACAAGAGAAGGAGCUAAUGAUUGAAGCGAAACGAGUUGCUGAAGCAAAAGCCAAUUUGAAGAAGAAGAUGUCUGAUGAGCGGGAGUUCCGGAUGAAGCAAAUGGCAAUCAGGGAGACAAUCAGAGGAAGAGAAAGCGAAGCUGAUUCGGCAGGUUUCAUAAUAUGGAAGAAGUAG